CGACUCACGCCUGAGGACGCAUCAGAGCUCAGACUCACCUUCCAUUGACGGGACGUGUGUGAAGAAACUGACUUACGAGGAAAAAUAGCUUCUAUGUGAAAUCACGCUGUGUUGCAGUUGUUGAGAUUUUGAUUCUUUUGCCAAAUGGGGGGGAGCUGAGGUUUUAUUCAUUUACUUCUCGCAGUCUGUGGCUGAAGAGGAAGUCCAAACUGAAUAUUUAUCAGAACUGUUCCGAGGCCUGAGCCAUGCAGCUGGAUGGUGCGUUCACUGCCCUGCUUCUUAUCAUCUGCGGGGUUUCUUCUGUCGCUGUUCCACCUCCAUCAAAUGUAACUGUGAACUGCCAAAAUCUGCAAACCACAGUGAGCUGGGAUUACAGCGAACAUCAACCUCACACUAUUUUCCGGGUAAAAAUCUCUGUACCUAAUACUGUAAGGUCUUUUGAAGCCAAUACCACAGAUCAUCAGUAUGACCUCAGCCACUUUGUGUGGGAAUCUCAGGAACACUACCAGGCUUUCCUGUGUGUUACUGUCACAGCCAUCCAAGGAGGCAAACAGUCUGAAGAUGUACGAUCAAAGUCCUUCUCCUUCAACAUGUUAAGAACUGUCGAUAUCAAAUGUAUGUUAGAUUUCCCACCUGUGGAUGUACGUGGGACGGAGAUGGGGGCUUCAGUCAGUUUCCAAAAUCCACUCAGGUUCUACAAUGAACUGAAGAGAACCAUCAAACCAGACCGUGUACUCGAGUAUACUGUUUCUUCACCUGCAGAAUUUGAAGGAUUGUGCCGUGUGACGGAGGACAACUGCAAACUCGAUGUAACAUUCCCCGACGAUGUGGAGGAGUGUGUCACCUUAAAAGGACGGCUGUUGGUUGACAGCUUGGGUGUUGACCUCAUAGAAUUCAAAGAGACAGAGAAAUUCUGCUCUGAAAAGACAGUGGAAGGCGUGAUCGUGCUCGCUGUCACGCUGGGGGCCAUUUUUGUUGUCAUACUCAUCGUAGCAGUAGUCGUCAUCUUGAAAGUGAACGCCUGGACCAUGAACACAGUUACUCCACCUACGUAUCUGAUGAACCUGGAGGGAGCAGAUAGCCAGCAGAGGUUCUGUACUAUAUCUGCGAACCCAGAGAAGAUCAGUCCAGUGUCAAUCAUUAAGCCUUACGAGAGCACUAAACACCUCCAGACGAGCAACGUCGGCUGUGAUCACGACCAUCCUGCCAGAGGACUUUACGAGAGAAGAGAGCGUUUGCAGAGGAACCCGGAAGCAGUGGGUUUCAUGUCCGGAGCAAAUGGGACAGAUGAGGACUCUGCAGAUGACUCUGUGCAGACUGAGUGUGUUUCUAUAUCUUCCACUGAAGAGGAAAUCUCCCCUUAUGACAGCCCACACUUUGUGACCAUGGAUAUGGGUGCUGGAGAAAUGGUCACUGGUUACACUGGGAAUUAAAAGGAACUACUGUGACACCCCCCACCCCCCUCCUCAACUGGUGUUUUAAGCUGUACCUCAGGGACACAGCGGGAAAAAGGUGCCAAUGGUUGAACACUUGGAAGUUUAAACAAAUCAGAAGUCAUUGAUGCACAGUGGCUAUAGGGCCAAAUCAUUUUCCCAUCCAUGACAACAUGGUUGGGACUCAUUUGGUUGGUGCAAACCAGCAGGCGAUCCGUAGCCUUUCAGGUGUUUUCUGAUGGAGGCUCUCUCUGCUCCUGACAUGUUUGAACAGAUGCAGCAGUGCAGUUAGAUGUUAAAGGAUGGCUAUCUUUUAAGACUAUUUAGUGAUUUUAGAGACAGCACACACAGAUGAUACGUCCAUAAAGUCUUAUGUGAAAAGUUUUGGCUAUUUGCACAUAGUUACAUUCAAAAUGUAUCUGGAUAAACAAAGAAAAUUUAAAAUGUAACUGACUUUUUAUUGUUUUAUUAUCUGAUCUGGGCUUGUUAUAACUGCCUUUAGUUCCAAGGUCCAUUAACAUGCGUGAAACGUUCACACCCAAGAUGUGACGGCAAUGGAAAAUAUGUGACAUGUAAAACCGGCUCCAGAAGCAAUGCAUGAAGUUUUCUUCUCCUUUUAUAGAAGAUUGUUUAUACCUUAUUGAAGGAACUUUCUGUACAGCUGCUAUUAUUGUAUUAGUAUAUUAAUGUGUGCUUAUGUAUUCUUUAACUGAAUUUCAUAUCAGCUUUCCUCAACUCCGACGGACCAGAGGCCUGGUUUUGAUGGAAAGAAAUUGGCUCCUUACUGGAUUUGACAUCUGCUUUUCUAGAACCGGUUUUCCUCUCUUUGUUCUGCGCUUAGUUUGCAUGAGAGAGGAAUGUCAACAUGUUGGGCUGCCAGAAACUCUCUCAAAAAAGUACAGUAUGACAGUAAACAGAAUUUCUAACAGUAUUUUAAUAAAGACAUACAAGACACUG